AUGGCCUUUUAUGCGAGGAGAAUCAUGCAUGGUCUUUCCGAUGCGUCACCUCUGUCUCAUCGAUUUAAAGGCAGGAAUCGAGUUGUGUUCGAAUGGCCUUUAAUUAGUUUUAGGCCUAAAAAAUAUGAGCACAACCUCUCUCGUUUAUCUAUAUUUCAACUGAAUGCCGCUGGCCAACCUCGAAUGUUUAGAUCACCGACUAUAGUAGAGGUAGAAACAUGUAAAGUAGACGGUGCACAGGACAAUGAGUCAAGGACUGCCACAUCAGCUACUAAGCAUACAAAGGCUGAGGAGUCGAAUUUAUUGAACACAAAACAUCCGAAUGUGAAGACUGAAGGAGAUCCGGAAUUGUUACCCGAUGAAGUACGACAAAUUAUGCGCUGCGUUCCUCAGUCAAUCGCAAUACUGACUACAAAUAAACUAUUGCAUAGAACAGACUUCGUUGACCCCUCAGAGGUCCCGAGGAGCAUCGGGAUGACUUUAUCCUCCGUCACGACUGUUACUAUGAAGCCAAAUCCUAUUGUCUCAUUCAAUAUCAAGAAGCCAUCACAAACUCUAGACGCUAUUAGAAACUGCAGAAAUUUUGUCCUCCACUUCCCUACCUGCUCAAGUGCCGGCGCGCACCUAGCCGACAGUUUUAGUAAAGGAGCUACUCAGCUUCUGGACAAUUAUUCCCAAAAUUUUCUUAAAUCUAUGAGAGUCCCGAUAUCUUACCAAGGGCGUACAUUUUACUUACCCGCGUUACUUCCACCGACUUAUCCUAUCAGUUAUGCCCUAAUGUGUGAAGUCCUCAAUAAUAACGGAUUAAUAGAGGUUUCAGACCACGUGAUAGUCCUCGGUAAAGUACAAAAAACAUGGUCCAUCAAUCGAGACAAAAAUGAAGAUAGCGGUAAAAAUCUCUCUCUGGGUUACAUCGGAGGCAAAUACAUUUGGUAG